CCCUGAACCAACCCCACACCGUCUCCAUUUCCCCUGUCUCUACGCAGAAACAGAGUACAUGCAAAGAUGCAGGCGUCGGCCGCGCUCUCUCCGUCCCCGAGCCUCAGCAGCUACUCCACCACCGCUGCCAGCAAGCUCGCCGAGAUCGCCGCCCGCGUCGUCGGCGAGCUCGGGCUCGAUCCCGACCCGUUCGGCUGCGGCUGCGGCGACGCCGCCGUGGAUGAUUUCGGCGGUGGAGGCGGCACUGGGCGGCUGUUGCGGCCGCCGGGCGAAGAGGCAGGGCGCGAGGAGAGGGAGAUGACCCAGUUCGAGAACGGGGACGUUGAGGAAGCAGGGGAGGAAGAAGGAGAAGGGGAAGAAGAGGGAGAGUUCGAGUUCGCUUUCGUGGGGCCGGGCUCGUCUCCGAUUUCCGCGGAUGAGAUCUUCUACAACGGCCAAAUCAGGCCCGUGUACCCGGUCUUCAACGGGGAUUUGCUUCUGAACGGAGUCGCGGGCGGGGAGGAGGGCGAAGACGGCUCGAAGAAGAAGACGACGACGACGAAGCUCCGGCUGCCGCUGAAGAAGCUCCUGAGCGAGGACAGGGAGUGGUCGUCGUCGUCGUCGUCCUCGACGUCCUCCUCGGAAUCGGACGACCUCGACGGCCUAGCCCCGGGAUCCUACUGCGUGUGGAGGCCGAAAGACCAAUCUUCGGCGGCGAAGCGGUGCGGGAAGAGCAAUUCCACCGGAUCCUCCUCGAAGCGGUGGAGGUUCAGGGACCUGCUGCUGAACCGGAGCAGCAGCGACGCCAAGGGCACGUUCCUGCUCGUGGCGCCGAGCACCAAGAAGCGGGACAAGAUCAUCGGCGAGUCGAAGCGAGUCGCGGCGGUGGCAGAGGACGACGACGACGACGAAGAAGAAGACCCCGACGCAGGGGACAAGGACGAAGGCAAGAGGAAACCGCGCUCCUGCUGCCGAGGGCGGACCUCGUCGGCUUCUUCGCCAAUGCGAACGGGCUGAGCAGGAACCUGAAGCUGCACCCGUUCUGAAGGGACUCGCUUCAAGUCUCGGGAACUGGUGAGUGAACAUUUUUGUUCGCGUUCGUUUGCGUCUGCGUCUGCAUCUCCCUUCUUCUUCUCCGGCAGAUUUCGUAGGUGGGUCUGUGAUUAUCAUAGCUUGGGUUUUGGUUUUUCUUGGUUUUUCAAGGGGGGGUGUUUAUAUGUGUAAAUCAUGAUUAAACCAGAGUGGGAUUAAGGUCUAA